GGCAGCAGCCCAUAGCGUGUGUGUCUUGUUCAAAGUUUGUCACACAGCAAGACCCCUCGGCUAGCGACACGCUACUCAGGACAUUAUCGAGACGUCCAAGAAAACAUGGCGGGGACAUGUGCUGCGCGUUUAACGACUCUCAGAUGUCAGCUCUCAUGGCACUGAGCAUGCGUCGUAACAACACCCUGGAAGCUCCCCUACCCGAGUUCAAUGUGAGCAAAUUUCAAUUCAGCCCAGUCUCCGCCCACAGAGCUCUAUGCCCACCAAUCAAUGCCUUUCUUACAGAGCCCAAUGAAAACAGAGCCCCACAGUUCGAGAGCGGUAAAAACAUUGUGGUCAGGUUUGAACACGCCAACUGCAUCCCCUCCCCCCAGACCGAGCAUGUGAGGGGGGUGGAGGUAUUGACCUACGGGCUACGUAUACAACAGCCAGGGAUGUACUACGUCUACAGUAACAUCCGCUUCCGGCCAGAGUCCAAUCAACCAUGCAAAGAGUUCAAGUUUCAGACCUGGGGACAUUACGUCCACAAGACAAGGGUCAAUGACCCAGCACACACUGGACGCCUGCUGCAGACAACCUACACCUGCUGUGACGAAUGUGCCGCACAGGACGAGACCAGUUACUUAGGUGGCGUGUUUCACUUCCUGGAUGGUGACGUCAUCAGCAUCCACGUCUCUGGUCACGGUCUGGUCAGCUAUGAAAACAAAACCAGCUUUGCCGGGUUGUUGAUGCUGGGGUCUCCAGACUCAACGGCUGACUGAACCUGGUGUAGAGGAGAGUCAGAGAGGAUGGGAGAGGAUGGGAGAGGAUGGGUGGAUGGAAGAGGGUGAGAGGAGGAUGGGA